AUGAUCUUUCUUUCGAGAUACCAACAACACAAACGAGACCAGAAGAGAAAGUCUGGAGACAACAUACUUCUUGAAGCCUGCAGGGAGGGUGAUCUUAGCCGAGUGCAAGGCAUCUUAACUGAAGGUCACGUUGACAUUAACAGUAGAGAGAGGGAGUACGGGAUGACACCAGUGAUGUUAGCAGCGCGUGGUGGACAUAGCCCUCUGGAGAUCAUCAAGUACAUCCUCUCACGGAACAUUACCGCCAUCAACAAUAGAGGAAUAUAUGGGAGGACAUCCGUUGUGUUGGCAGCAUGUGGCGGACAUAGGGAUGUGUUUGACUAUCUUGUGCAUAAAGGAUGCAACAUGUCAUUUGUUGACAAUAAGGGAAACAACAUUCUUCAUAUGGCCUGUCAUGGAGGACAUCUUGCGAUAGUGAAAUAUAUCAUGUCACUUGACAUCGUGGACAUCAACAGUAGAGGACAGUAUGGGAGGACAUCAGCGAUGACAGCGGCAUACAAUGGGAAAAGUGAAGUUUUUAAAUUUCUCCUUGGAAAGGGAGCUAAUGUGUCACUAGUAGAUAAGGCCGGAGACAACAUCCUUCAUAUAAGCUGUAGAGGUGGUCAUGUGAGGAUGGUUAAAUAUAUCAUCUCACUGAACAUUGUAGACAUCAAUAGCAGAGGACAACGCGAAAGAACAUCAGUGAUAAUGGCAGCACUAUUUGGACAUAGGGAAGUGUUUGACAUUUGUGCAUGUGCAGGUGGAAAUGUGUCGCAAGUUGAUGCUGAAGGUAGCAGCAUCCUACAUAUGGCCUGCUUUGGAGGACAUGUGGAGAUGGUGAAGUACAUCUUCUCACAGAAUAUUACAGACAUCAACAGUAGAGGAAUGCACGGAAUGACACCAUUGCAUUUAGCGGCACGUGAGGGACAUAGAGAAGUGUUUGAAUUAGUCGUGGAUAAAGGAAGUGAUACUUCACUUGAGGAUAUAAAUGGUGAUAACAUCCUACAUUUGGCCUGUAUUGGAGGAAAUGUGGAAAUAGUAAAGUACAUCCUCUCUCAGAACAUUGUGGACAUCAACAAUAGAGGAAUGUACGAGAGGACACCACUGAUGGUGGCUGCAUUAUUUGGCCAUAGAGAAGCGUUUGAAUUAGUCCUGGAUAAAGGAGGUGACACUUCACUUGUGGAUACAUGCGAUGUGAACAUCCUACAUUUGGCCUGUAUUGGAGGAAAUGUGGCGAUAGUGAAGUACAUCCUUUCACAAAACUUUGUGGACAUCAACAGUAGAGGAAAAAUCGGGAGGACACCAGUGAUGGUGGCAGCAGCUGAGGGACAUAUAGACCUGUGUUAUCUUCUUAUUAGUAAAGGUAGUGACUUGUCUGUAGUUGAUGAUAAUGGUUGCACCAUCCUGCACGUCGCCUGUUAUCAUGGACAAGUGGAGAUAAUCAACCUAGUUACAUGGUGUACACGUGUUAUGCCCAUUUUAAUUCUGGAAACCCAAAAGUCCAGAAACUCUACG